AUGAGGCCUCUUGGCAUAAUCCUGCUGCUCUCCCUGGCUCUGUACUGCUUUGUGGUUCCUGUCUGUGGCACUGAUGGAAUGACUUAUGGCAAUGAAUGUGUGCUGUGUCUUGAAAAUGAGUAA